AUGCCUACUCGGUGUAUAAUCACAGGUUGUGGCAAUACAUAUAAAGACGGGAUAAGCUUUCAUCGCUUCCCCAAAGAUGAGACCAUCAAAAAGGCAUGGGUCAAGAAGGUGAGGCUGACGCGAGCGAAAUGGAAGGGACCAUCGGCCUCCAGCUCAGUGUGCAGUGAACACUUUGCUGACUCAGACUUUCAGGACUCGGGGAGCUAUUACACGCAAUUCGGCAUGAGGAAAAAAAAAAAACUCCUGAAGUCCACAGCCAUACCCAACGUAACGCUGGGAGUAAAGCGCUCACCAAAACCUCAGCCAACAAGAUCUGCUUGGAUGAAGAGAGAGAGGAAGAGGGUGUUGGAAGAAGCACUUUCAGGUGUGCAAACCGACCAGGCUCCUCCACAUCAAUCCGAGUCAGAACAUGAACCGGGAUGCAGCAGUUGGAUUGAGCAAACUGACACUAGCGGGCAAUCUAGCCAGUCUGCCGGUACCCAGACAUGGGUCCCUACCAGUUCUACGGGAACCCAAACAUGCAGGUCUGCCACAUCAUAUGCAAAGCGUAUCCAGGUGUCAGUACAGACACGUGAUGCUUGGACACAAUACAUUGCACUGGAUGUGACUGGAAGGAGCAGAGGGAGCCUUUGCGACCUGUCAGAGGAGGAGAAAGACCAGAUGGACAUUGAAGAGGCGAGGGAGGAGGAGAAAGGCGCAAUAUCUUCCGACUUCACACCUGGCGGUGAUUCCGACCCUGAGUCUUCUGAUAGCCAAAGCAUGCCUGAGAGACCCACACAAAGGCUUCAGAAAUUACAAGGUGAAAGAGCUCCUUCAGUCGAAGUGAGGCACAACAGGCUUAUUCCUCCCCAUGAGGACACUAAGUACAUUGUGUUUGAGACAAAGCUCCUGGACCUCUUCAAGCUCUGCUGGGAUUGCAGGUCAGGCAAUGUCUGCAUCAGCAAAAGACUCAUGGGCACACUACUGAUUAUAACUGUGGAGUGUUACUCAUGCACCAGCACAAACAAGUGGGAAAGCCAGCCUUUCUAUCAAAGUCGUCCAGCAGGAAAUUUGCUGCUAUCUGCUGCAACUCUAUUUGCUGGAGGAAGCUGGACGAUAAUGCGGCGCAUCCUUUCCCAUCUAAGACUCGUUUGUAUUGCUGACCAGACCUUCUAUACCAUCCAAAGAGACAUCCUGCAACCAGCCAUUGAGUGCUGA